UAUACUUCAUUACUACAAGCUCAAAAACCCCUGAGCCCUAAUUCGAAAGGAAGAAGAACAAGCAAAGCACACGCACUGAGCUCUUGCCAACUCCGGCGAGCCACCGAUCGAUCGCCACCGUCUUCGCCGCCGCCGGUGAGUGUGCAGUCAAAUUUCAGUUACUUGUUCGGUGUAGUGAAAAACACUGCAUAGAGAAUGGAGAAGAUGAGAAUAGAAGAGGUUCAGUCCACAACGAAGAAACAGCGUGUUGCUACCCACACUCACAUCAAAGGCCUCGGUCUUGAGGCGAGUGGAAAAGCAUUGCCUUUUGCUUCUGGGUUUGUGGGACAAGCAGAGGCAAGAGAAGCAUGUGGUCUUGUGGUUGAUAUGAUACGUCAGAAGAAGAUGGCUGGCCGUGCACUUCUCCUUGCCGGGCCGCCGGGAACCGGCAAGACGGCUUUAGCACUCGGGAUAUGUCAGGAGCUUGGGACUAAGGUUCCUUUUUGCCCAAUGGUUGGAUCAGAAGUGUACUCAUCUGAAGUGAAGAAGACUGAGGUUCUUAUGGAAAAUUUUAGAAGGGCUAUUGGUCUGCGGAUUAAGGAAAAUAAGGAAGUGUAUGAAGGGGAGGUAACCGAGCUCUCUCCGGAAGAGACUGAGAGUGUUACGGGUGGUUAUGGCAAAAGUAUUAGCCAUGUGAUAAUUGGAUUAAAGACUGUGAAAGGAACCAAGCAACUCAAGUUGGACCCUACCAUAUAUGAUGCCUUGAUUAAGGAAAAGGUAGCUGUUGGGGAUGUUAUAUAUAUUGAGGCAAAUAGUGGGGCUGUGAAAAGGGUGGGCCGGAGUGAUGCUUUUGCUACCGAGUUUGACCUUGAAGCAGAGGAAUAUGUUCCACUUCCUAAAGGAGAGGUUCAUAAAAAGAAGGAGAUUGUUCAGGACGUAACCCUACAUGAUCUGGAUGCUGCGAAUGCACGACCUCAAGGAGGGCAGGAUAUUCUGUCUCUUAUGGGUCAGAUGAUGAAACCCAGGAAAACAGAAAUCACCGACAAGUUGAGACAAGAAAUAAAUAAGGUUGUCAAUCGAUAUAUUGAUGAAGGUGUAGCAGAGCUUGUUCCAGGAGUUCUGUUUAUUGAUGAGGUGCAUAUGCUAGAUAUGGAGUGUUUUUCCUAUCUGAAUCGUGCUCUAGAGAGCUCCCUAUCUCCCAUAGUAAUCUUUGCUACAAAUAGAGGAAUUUGCAACGUAAGAGGGACUGAUAUGGCCAGUCCUCAUGGCAUACCCGUUGACCUGUUGGAUCGGUUGGUGAUCAUUCGAACACAAAUCUAUGGUCCUGCUGAGAUGAUACAGAUUCUAGCUAUCCGUGCUCAAGUAGAGGAACUAGUUGUGGAUGAAGAAAGUUUAGCUUUCCUUGGAGAGAUUGGACAAAGGACAUCUUUAAGGCACGCGGUUCAGCUUUUAUCACCUGCCAGCAUUGUUGCAAAAAUGAAUGGCCGAGACAACAUUUGCAAGGCGGAUCUCGAUGAAGUUUGUUCUCUAUAUUUGGAUGCCAAAUCUUCAGCCAAACUACUUCAAGAGCAGCAGGAAAAAUACAUCACAUAAUUUUAUUUUCAAACUGUUGCUUCUCUACUUCGUCUCCAGCAUGGCUUGGAUAAUUGGUUUGAAGAAUAUAUCUGGAUAUUAUCAGUGGUAGCAGGAACCUGAGAUACAGAACCUGACUCAUUGGAUAUGUCAUGAUUGAAGUUUGCUGUAAUUUAUUACUGAAAUCAUGAUUUUGGGAUUAUUUUGUUCAUCACAUUCUGACAACAGAAAGCCAAAAAGCAAAUGAGAAUUUAGUGAGGCACAUUUGUUCUCCCACUUUUUUUCUUUUUUUGUUUCCUAUUUGUUAUUCUACAACUUUUAAUGGCUAUGGAACAUUUUUAUUCUACAA